ACGCGACUGUGGGGAUUUUAAGUACGCGGAGAUACAAAAUACUCGCAUUUUGUUGUUUCUUUCUUCUUCAAUGUGUCAAGAAAGAAAAGAGUAAAAAAAAACCCAAGAGUUCAUAUCUAUCGACGACAAAAGUGUAUUCUGUGCAGCAGUUAAAGAAAAGUUCGUUCGUACAUUUUUAUAAAAAAUAUAAAAUAUAUUUGUUAAAGAGUGCAGUGUGUUCUUUUGCCAUAAAGAGUUCAUAAUUGAAAUAUAAAGUUUAUAAAUAAAAUCAAAGUUGAUUUUUUGCUCAAGUGUUUAGCGUGUAAACACAGUGAAAAGAUAAACAAAUCAUCAAAAAUAGGAUUAAAUACCGAAAAAUCUAAAACAUUUGGAUAUAACAGCGUCAGCUCAAACCCACAAGGUAGACUACGAACACCAAUUUGAAAUAGCUAAUUUCUGCAGAACAUUUACAAAAAAGAAGCAAUAAUUAAAGUCGUGUAUUAAGCUCUCCGUUAAUACAAAUCGCAAAUGUACGCGUGUCCGGUAAAUUUAUUGGAACAUUCUUGAACUGAACUUAAAAUUUAACAUCCGUAAAGGAUACUAAAUAAAUUCUCAACGAGAGAAUACUGGAAAAUGUUGGAUCGUUGCGAAAUGCCGAUUCAAAUAGACAACGAUAAAUUGCGGCGCGUCAGCGCUGUUGUCGAUCGCGACAAUCGUAUCUCGAAUUCACGCCUCGAUCUGCCCAAUGUGUGCAACGGGGGCGUUGGUGGCAUAACGGUUGGUGGCAAUGGCACAACGCGCGGCUCAUCGCGCUCCAGCCGUUGCCUCGACGUGCACAACAAUCAUGUGAACAACAGUCACAGCCAUAGCCAUCACAAUGGACAUCAUCAGCGCAGCCCGACUACAGGCAACAACAACAACAACAAUAACAGCAGCAACAAUAAGAGUAACAACAGCAGCACUAAUACCAAUAACAAAGCGCAACAAAAGCAACAACAGCUACAGACGACUGAUGCGACUAGCCAUAACAUAACUAGCGGUAACAACAACAACAGUAACGGUCACAAUAAUUUAAGUAAUCACAACAACAACAUUGGCUCGCCAGUAUCAUCGACAACGAUCUCCUCGCAUGGCAACAGCACGACCAGCGGCGGCGAGCGCGGCUCAUCGACCAAGUCGAAUAGCAGCAGCGGCAGCGGCAGCAGCGACAAUAUCAAAUGCAAUACGCCGAUGUCGCCGUCAGAUCUCCUCAUGAAUUACCGCAAAUAUUUGACUGAUGUGGAACAAGAAGAGCUGAAGGUGUAUAAGGAGGUUUGGUAUUUCGGACAUAAUGCCACUAAAAAUUACAAUAAAUCUACAACGAAUGGUACAGCCAAUUUGGGCUUCGAUGAUGACAAUGGAAAUUAUAAAAUUAUCAUACACGAUCACAUUGCCUUCCGCUAUGAAAUACUCGAAGUGAUCGGUAAGGGUAGUUUUGGUCAAGUUAUACGCGCCAUGGAUCACAAAACCAAUACAUAUGUGGCCAUUAAGAUUAUACGCAAUAAGAGACGUUUCCUCAAUCAGGCUGUGGUAGAAUUGAAUAUUUUAGAUGAAUUGCGCGAAAAGGAUGCCGAUGGAUCUCAUAAUGUUAUACACAUGUUGGAUUACACAUAUUUCCGCAAACAUUUGUGCAUUACAUUCGAGUUGUUGAGUCUCAAUCUCUAUGAAUUAAUCAAGAAGAAUAACUACAAUGGUUUCAGCAUGAGUUUGAUCAGACGGUUUUGUAAUUCGAUUGUCAAAUGCUUGCGUCUGCUCUACAAAGAGAAUAUCAUACACUGUGAUCUCAAACCGGAGAAUAUUCUGCUCAAACAACGCGGCAGUAGUUCAAUAAAAGUCAUCGAUUUUGGCAGCUCCUGCUAUGUGAGUCGCAAAAUUUACACAUACAUACAGUCACGAUUUUAUCGCUCACCGGAAGUGAUACUGGGAUUGCAGUAUGGAACCGCUAUAGAUAUGUGGAGCUUAGGCUGCAUCCUUGCCGAGCUCUAUACCGGCUUCCCGCUCUUCCCCGGCGAGAAUGAAGUCGAGCAAUUGGCUUGCAUCAUGGAAGUGCUCGGUCUGCCGCCGAAAGAACUCAUCGCCAACGCCACCCGACGCCGUUUGUUCUUCGAUUCGCGCGGCGCACCGCGUUGCACCACCAACUCCAAGGGACGCAAACGUUUGCCCGGCGGCAAAUCAAUCUCACAGAUGCUCUACUGCCAAGAUCGUAAUUUCAUCAAUUUCCUGCAACGUUGUCUCGAAUGGGAUCCCGCGGAGCGCAUGACACCCGAAGAAGCGGCACACCACGAAUUCCUGCAACCUACCGCCGCCAGUCGUCAUCGCAGCUGUCGCAUGACAAACUCUUCAUCCACAGGCGGUCUCAAUAAUAGCUCAUCACAAAAAUCAUCCUGCUACAGUUUCACCGAAGUCUCGCCACCCUCAAAUGCCACAGCCAGCAACACGACUACCGCCAACAGUGGUGGUGGCGGUGGCGGCGGCAGUGGUAGUGGCAACGGCGGCGCCGUGGUGGCAUCCAUCACCAGCACCACAGCGGUCAGCAAUGCGGCCAUCACCACGACAACGAGCAAAGCGACUACGACGACACAAUCGCGCAGCAGCGCACUCACACAGCAUGCGCACCACGCCAGCUCAUCUGGUCAUCUGCCCGAUAUCAAGCUCAGCGCCAGCGACAAGUAUAGCAACAUGCAAAAGGUGGCCGUGCGCUCGAAGAUCACCUCGUCGGUGUCCGAUUUGGACUCGGUGCCGCAAUAUGCCUUGCAUCGCAGCAUCUACGGCGCCGGUGGACUGACGCAUAGCGGCACAGCAGCGCGCAAGCAUCUCAUCACAAGCGGCACCAUAGCCACCAGCUCCAGCAAGUAUGGCUUGGGUUUGGGCGCCGGCAGUGGCAGUGGCGGCGGCAGUCAUAGCCAUCUCAUGCAUCAGAGCACAACGCUGAGCAAUGUGUCGUCGCAUCAUGGCAACGGUCAUGGUAACGCUCACAACGCCGUUGGCGGCGGCAGCGGUGGUGGCGCCAACAGCAACAUGUCACACUCACAGUCGACGGGCGACGUGUCGGCAAUCUUCGGACGUGCUUGACUUCGCGCGCGACCCACAAAACUUGAGCUCAAAAAAUGCAAACUAGUCAAUAUGGUGGAUUUUUGGAGCUAGAAGUGGAAGUAAGCGGCGCCAUCGGCGGCAAGUGUUUGGCGGGGGGCGCGUAUGCGGUGGACAUGCAGUGCUCGAAAAGGAGUUAAGAAAUACAAUAAUUAUGACUAGUAGUUUUGUAUGUGUGUGUGUGUGUGAGUGUUUGUGUGCGCGCUGAACUUUGUAUGCCUUUGUAGGUUGCUCAUACGCCCGGGCAAAUGGUUUUUGUCAGGCGCAGCGCAGCAUAUGCCUCAUUAUGAACACACACAAAUAUAUAAUAUAAUAUAAUUUCCAUACUGAAUUUUGCGUAAAAUAAUUAUGACUUGUGUGCAUAUUGCCAGACUUAAAUAUACGUUGACUAUUAGAUAGGCGUGACGGGGCGCUAGGAAAGAAGUUCGAAGCAAAAAAAAAAAUUCAGUAAAUUAGAAUUUUAUUUAUUAAAAAAUAAAAUUGAGAAAAUUGAUCUUAUAA